AUGGGAAAGAAGAUUAUCAUUGACACGGAUCCGGGCAUUGAUGAUGUCCUCGCCCUUUUGCUAGCUCUGUCCGCCACCGCGGAGGAGGUAGAGGUUCUCCUCAUCUCAUUGACAUUCGGUAACAUCGAGGUGGAGAACUGUCUCCGAAAUGCAGUGUCAAUGUUCCACAUCCUCGAGCGGGAGAUGCAGUGGCGCCGCGAGAACGGCCGACCAGAAGGCUUCGGCAGCUUGAGAGCUUGCCGUCCUAUAUUGGCUGUCGGUGCAAAGGACCCCCUUGAAGACCAAAAAAUGCUUGCCGACUAUUUCCACGGAACCGAUGGACUUGGGGGUAUUCACGCAACGCACCCGCAUCUCACCGCUACUAAGGCAUGGGAGCACCUCUUCGCUAAAACUUUGGAUGAGGGAAUUAAGCCUGUCGAGGACUGCUCAAGUGACGACCACGCAUUCACCCCGUCCAAGCUUCCAGCAUACAAGGAGAUUCUCCGUGUACUCCGUGAUAAUGAGCCCGAUUCAGUGACUCUGGUAGCAGUGGGCCCGCUCACUAAUCUGGCCUUGGCUGCAGCAGAAGACCCGGAGGCAUUUCUCCGCGUGAAAGAGGUGGUCGUCAUGGGUGGUGCCAUCAAUGAGCCAGGAAAUGUGACACCAAUGGGCGAGUUCAACGCUUACGCAGAUGCAGUGGCAGCCGCGCGUAUCUUCGCACUCACCUCGCCCAAUCCCCACACGACAGUUCCACCCACCAAGAGCGGGAGUCUCCCACCGUAUCCUAAAAGUCUUAGCCGGCAACUGACUCUGCGUCUUUUCCCACUUGACAUCACCCUGCGUCACAAUCUAUCACGCGGACAGUUCCGAAAGGCCAUUACGCCUCUUCUAGCUGCCGGCUCCCCGCUGGCUGAGUGGGUCGAUGCCUUCAUGGGGCACACCUUCAGAACCUUGGAGCGCCUGCACCCUGGACAUGUUGGUGACGAUGCCAUGCUGAGUCUGCACGACCCUGUAUGCGUCUGGUAUGCGUUGACAUCCGACGACCCGAAGUGGGUUCACUCGGCAAACUCGCCUGAGGACAUCCGAGUCGACACAUUGGGCCAGUGGACUCGCGGUAUGUGCGUUACCGAUCGCCGCAACCGUCACCGCAUCGAAGGCGAGGAGGAGAGCUCAAGUGACCAUGGUCUCUGGCUGAGUGGCCGUGCUGGUAAUCGCAUCUGGCGGAUGGAUGAGUCUCCUGGGGAGGAGGACUUUGGUAAUAUCAUCCUUGAGAGGCUCUUCAACUAA